UCGAACUCCUAAAACAAUGUCAUCAUUUUCAUACUUUACCCUUAUUUUCUUUUGUUUUUCUAGUUUAAUAUCAAUAUCUCACGCUAUAAAUAAUGGUUUCAGCGUUGAACUCAUUCACCGCGAUUCUGUUAAAUCACCGUUCUAUGAUCCGACACAAACUAAAUUACAACAAUUACUCAAUGAUGUGGGUCGUUCUAUCAAUCGUGCCAAUUAUAUCAAAAAAGUAUUAUCUUCUAAUAUAAACAAAUAUGAAUCAUCUCUGAUCUAUGAUAAUGGUGUGUAUAUGAUGAGUUAUUCAGUUGGUACCCCACCAUUUAAAGUCUAUGGUUUUAUAGAUACGGGUAGUGACUUAACAUGGAUUCAAUGCAAACCUUGUAAUAUAUGUUACAACCAAACCUCUCUUAUUUUCAAUCCUUCAAAAUCUUCGAGUUACCAAAAUAUUCCAUGCUCUUCCCUAACUUGCAAAUCUAUGAAAGAUUAUUCAUGUUCUAAUGAUGGAGAGAAAUGUGAAUAUAUUAUGAAUUAUAAUCCUGGAUCUAAGACCCAAGGAGAUCUUAGUGUGGAGACUCUUACAUUAGAUUUCACCUCUGGAUAUGUUGUCUCAUUUCCUAAAAUUAUAAUAGGAUGUGGACACACCAAUACUUUGGCGUUUGACUAUAAUGGUCAGAGUUCAGGUAUAAUCGGCCUUGGAAAAGGGAAUAUGUCAAUGGUAAAUCAAUUAGGAUCUUUAAUUGAUGGUAAAUUUUCAUAUUGUUUAGCUGUCAAUGAGUAUUAUAAAGAGUUUAAUUUAUCUAGCAAACUCAAUUUUGGAGAUGUUGCGGUUGUUUCUGGUGAUAACGUUGUUUCAACUCCUUUCGAUAAAAAUAAAGACCAUUACUAUCUAAGCUUGGAAGCAUUUAGUGUGGGAAAUAAAAGAAUAAAAUUUGGAGGGUUUAAAGGAUUCAAUUCUUCUUAUAACAUUAUAAUAGACUCAGGUACACCUCUAACUCUUUUACCUGGAAAAUAUUACGAUAGGUUGGAAUCAACUGUUAUUGAAGUGGUAGAAUUAGAGCGUUUUCAAGAUCCUACUAGUUCAUAUAGGCUUUGCUAUAAUACCACAUCCUCUCAACAUCCAAAGUUUCCUGUAAUUACUGCACAUUUUAAUGGUGCAGAUGUUAAGAUAGAUAUUAAUAGCGCUUUUAUGCCUAUAUAUGAGGGAAUAAAGUGUUUUGCUUUUAUUCCAACUAUAGAUGCAUUCAGCAUCUUUGGAAGCGCGGCACAAGUGAACUAUUUAGUUGGUUAUGACCUCAAAAAAAAUAUUGUCUCGUUCAAACCUACUAACUGUUCUAAGUUUUGAAUGGAUGCAAACUUUAGUUACCAAAAUUACUUGGUAAAUUGAUAAUAAAAUUUAUAUUUUAUUUCA